AUGAGGCUGAGGUCCAGGAGUAGAGAAAGAAGGGAGAGACAGAGGGAGGACGAGGUGAAAAUUGAGGAGAGUGAAAUGAUCCCAAAGUCCGGAAAAUCUCCAGCAGACUCUCGGAAAAGUGUCGGCAUCCAUGAGUUCGCAGCUCUCGCCAGAUCCUCCUUAAAUGGCAUCUCGCAGGCAGUGAGGGACCAUGUGACGAAGCCCACCUCCCUGGCUCAGGGCCGGGUUGCCCACCUCAUAGAGUGGAAAGGUUGGCCCAAACCCACAGACCCCCCGCCGGCCGCCCACUCCCAGUUCAGCUCCUACUGCCAUCUGACUGAAGGAGAGAAGGAGGCCCGGUUUGCUGCAGGGGUGGAGGAGCAGUUUGCCAUCGCUGAGGCCAAACUGCGAGCUUGGGCCUCUAUUGACGCCGACGACGAGGAAGACUCCAAUGAUGAAGACUCCCCCAGCGGCGGGCCGACUCACACCUUAUUCUUCCAGAGCUCAGACGCCACCACGUCCAAUCCUGUUACCACAGCCCCACACCAGCCUGAGGGGGGCAGCAGUGAGGCGCUGCCCUCCGACAGUCCCCUGGGCUCCAGCAGCAGCAGCAGCCUGCUCUCUGGUCGGCCUGGGUCUCACAGUGACCCACAUGCAUCCCAGACCUGCUCACCCACUUUACCCAGCGACCGCAUGACUCCGUUCCUGGAGGAAGAGGAGGAGCGGCCGGGCGGUCAGGGGAAGCGGCUGGCUCCUUCGCAGGAGCAGCACAGUGAGGUCUGCAUCCACCACAAGCCGGAGUGGAGGCCUCGGGGCCGGAGUGGCAGGUUCGACUCCUGCUACUCCAACUCGUACUCGGAGUCUCCUGGAGAGGAGGACGAAGAGGACGAGGACGAGGAGGGCAGCGUGUUCCACGAGGCGCCGGUGUGGCACUGCAGCCCGAGGAGCUUCUUCUCGGACCGGGCCUCCUCUGGGGUGGCCUCGUUCGAUCAGGAGGAAGAGGAGAGGGAUGACGUAGAGUAG